GUAAUAAGGCAUGUCUUUAUUCACAAUUUGUGCGCACUAAUUUUACACUUGUGAGAAUUUAUACAGAAAUGUCAUUUUCGCCCUCUGCAGUCGUGAUUGACAAUGGAACUGACCAGAUAAGAGUAGGGACAUCAGGAAACGCAGAGCCUAGCCACAUCUUUAAAAAUGUCACAGGAAGAUCUGAGAGCAAAAGUAAUAAAGGAAAUCUUUACUUUGGAGGCGAGGUGUGGGGGAAGAGAGACAACUUGUCUGUGAUUCAUCCUAUGGAACGUGGGAAGGUGGUGUCAUGGGCUGACAUGGAGGCCACGUGGAGUUAUGUUUUCAACACCCAUGUCAAGAACCCCUCCGGUGAGAGUCCUGUUUUACUAACGGAGUUCCCUUUGACCACCCGGUUGGACAGGGAAAGGACCUGCCGGACGAUGUUCGAGGCGCUGGAUGUCCCUGCGUUGUUCAUGGCCCCUCAGUCAGUCCUGGCGCUAAUGUCUUCCGGCAGGAUUUCAGGUUGCGUGGCAGACUGUGGAUAUGACGUCACACACACUGUCCCAGUGUACGAGGGCUACUGCCUGCAGCAUGCGGUGCAUCAGCUGGGCCUGGGGGGGCAGGAUGUCACGGACCGCCUGGGUCUGCUUCUGAAGGCACGUGGCAGUCAGUUCUCCAGCGCCACACAGGAACGGGACAUCGUGACCAAUAUCAAGGAGCAGAUGUGUUACAUAUCCACAGACCUCUCCUUAGAGACAGCCACAACCAUCACUGACAGCGCCCAGGCAGACUACCAGCUGCCUGACGGACAGAUGCUGAGGAUCAGCAGUGAGAGGUUUGGGGCACCAGAGAUUCUCUUCUCUCCUCAGAUGGUCUUCAUGGUGACACCAGGCAUCCCAAGCCUGCUGGUCAGCUCGGUUUUGGAAAGCGAUGCAGACCUGCGUCCACUGCUCCUGGACAAUGUCGUCCUGGCCGGGGGCUCCAGCCUUUUCCCCGGAAUGGGCUUCAGAAUCAGGCAGGAGGCCUCAGCUCUGGUCCCUCCAGGGGCCUGUGUGGGGCCGGUCCCUGUGAUGGAGACGGCUUGGCUGGGUGGUUCCCUCCUUGCCUCUCUUUCUAUCUUCGGAGACAUGUGCAUCAGUUCUUCUGAAUACCAGGAGAUGGGGUCCAACGUGGUCCACCAUAAGUUCUUCUGAGUGGUCCCUUAUGUUUGCCCUG